ACGUGCAGACUGGGGUUCCUCCUUGCAACCUCAAACUUCGUGAUUCCCCAUCAACGUGGCUGGUUCUCUAGACUACCCAUCUCCAAAGCGCCCAUUUGCGUGGACACGAGGACGUGAGGCGCUGGCAGGGAAUUGUCUUCUCCUUGUCCAAGAUGUAUAGAACCAAAGUGGGCUUGAAGGACCGCCAGCAGCUCUACAAACUGAUCAUCAGCCAGCUGCUCUACGAUGGCUACAUCAGCAUCGCCAACGGGCUCAUCAACGAGAUCAAGCCCCAGUCUGUCUGCGCGCCGUCGGAGCAGCUCCUGCAUCUCAUCAAACUAGGCAUGGAAAAUGAUGAUACGGCAGUCCAGUAUGCGAUCGGCCGCUCAGAUACCGUUGCCCCCGGCACCGGGAUUGACCUGGAGUUUGACGCAGACGUGCAGACCAUGUCUCCAGAAGCUUCGGAGUAUGAAACCUGCUACGUCACCUCCCACAAAGGCCCCUGCCGUGUGGCCACCUACAGUAGAGAUGGGCAACUCAUCGCCACCGGCUCUGCCGACGCCUCCAUCAAGAUCCUGGACACCGAGCGGAUGCUGGCCAAGAGCGCCAUGCCCAUCGAGGUCAUGAUGAAUGAAACUGCACAACAGAACAUGGAAAACCACCCGGUGAUUCGGACUCUCUAUGACCACGUGGACGAAGUCACCUGUCUCGCCUUCCACCCCACAGAGCAGAUCCUCGCCUCGGGCUCCAGGGAUUAUACUCUUAAAUUAUUUGAUUAUUCCAAACCCUCUGCAAAAAGAGCCUUCAAAUAUAUUCAGGAAGCGGAAAUGUUACGCUCCAUCUCGUUUCAUCCGUCAGGCGACUUUAUCCUCGUUGGGACUCAGCAUCCCACCCUGCGGCUCUAUGACAUCAACACGUUCCAGUGUUUCGUCUCGUGCAAUCCUCAGGAUCAACACACCGACGCCAUCUGCUCGGUGAACUACAACCCCAGUGCCAACAUGUACGUGACUGGCAGCAAGGACGGCUGCAUCAAGCUGUGGGAUGGCGUGUCCAACCGCUGCAUCACGACCUUCGAGAAAGCGCACGACGGCGCCGAGGUUUGCUCGGCCAUUUUCUCCAAGAAUUCCAAGUACAUUCUCUCCAGCGGGAAGGACUCGGUGGCCAAGCUUUGGGAGAUUUCCACAGGACGGACGCUGGUCAGAUACACAGGUGCUGGGCUAAGCGGGCGGCAGGUGCAUCGGACCCAGGCGGUGUUCAACCACACGGAGGACUACGUGCUGCUGCCGGACGAGCGGACCAUCAGCCUGUGUUGCUGGGACUCACGCACUGCCGAGCGGCGGAACCUGCUGUCGCUGGGCCACAACAACAUUGUGCGCUGCAUUGUGCACUCGCCCACCAACCCUGGCUUCAUGACCUGCAGCGACGACUUCCGGGCCCGCUUCUGGUACCGCCGCUCCACCACCGACUAGGCCGCUGGCCCCAGGAGGGAGCCGCCACAGCCUCCUGGGAUUUGUACUGAAGACUCUUUGGGACCUGGGUGUAGGAUCCCGGUGGGAAAGGUGGAGCCUCGGCCCUUCUGUGGUCCCUGAUUAUUCUGGGGUGACCCUUGUUGGUUUUGCAAACAGGACUUGGACUUGUUUCUCCAGAUUUUCCUCCUGUGGAGAUGGGUGGAAUACUAAAGUGCUCUCUGCCUCUCAGCCUGCACUGGCCUCUUGAGGCAUUUUCAUGGGGGCUUUGGCUCCUCUCCCUGCCUGCUCCACCUUUGCUCUUCCACCCAUGGUGGAGGCUCAUUGGGCUCUGGCUGUGUGUGACAGUGAAGAACUUGGUCCUCAUGAAGCCAUGCUAGAGAAUCUGUUGCUCUCUUUUGGUGCCAUCGUUCUGGUCACAAAGCCCCAACUCAUAGCCUGAAGGGUGCCCCACCUUCACUUUAGUCAGACCAACGGGCAGUUUUCCAGCAGCUGUGAUGGGAGCAAACCCAGCGGCCCUGCAGUGCCUGGCUUCCACGCAGGUGGUUGGGGUUCCCAGCAGCA